AUGGCAAUUCCUGUGAUAGAUUUUGGCUCUCUCAAUGGAGACAAAAGAGGUGAAACUAUGGCCCUUUUGCAUGAAGCUUGUCAAAAAUGGGGUUGCUUUCUGAUUGAGAAUCAUGAAAUUGAAGGGAAGCUGUUGGAGAAAGUGAAGAAGGAAAUUAAUAAUUACUAUGAAGAAAACCUGAAGGAAAGUUUCUACAAAUCUGAGAUAGCAAAGAGUUUGGAGAAAAAGCAGAACACUGGCGAUAUCGACUGGGAAAGUUCGUUCUUCAUUUGGCAUCGUCCGACCUCGAACAUUAGGAAAAUUCCAAAUCUCUCCGAGGAGCUUUGCAAGACAAUGGAUGAGUACAUUGAAAAACUAGUUGAAUUGGCAGAGAAAUUAUCUGCGCUAAUGAGUGAAAAUCUUGGUUUGGAGAAAGAAUACAUAAAGAAAGCAUUUUCAGGAAGUAAUGGAGCAGCUAUGGGAACAAAAGUGGCAAAGUACCCUGAAUGUCCAUUUCCAGAGUUAGUGAGAGGAUUAAGAGAGCACACAGAUGCUGGUGGAAUCAUCCUUUUGCUUCAAGAUGACAAAGUACCUGGUCUUGAAUUCUUCAAAGAUGGAAAAUGGAUAGAGAUACCACCUUCAAAAAACAACGCAAUUUUUGUCAACACAGGUGAUCAAAUUGAAGUGAUGAGCAAUGGUUUAUACAAAAGUGUUGUGCAUAGGGUCAUGCCUGAUAAGAAUGGAAGCAGACUCUCUAUUGCUAGUUUCUAUAAUCCAGUUGGAGAAGCUAUUAUAUCUCCUGCUCCUAAACUCUUGUAUCCAAGUAAUUAUUGCUAUGGAGAUUAUUUGGAGCUUUAUGGAAAAACUAAGUUUGGAGAAAAGGGUCCUAGGUUUGAAUCCAUCAAGAAUAAGGCCAAUGGGCAUUACUAG